AGGUGAUAUGAAGCCAUCUCAAGUACUACACAAAAUAAAGUCACUUGCUUCGAAAGACGUCGGAGACGAUUUCAUUAAAAACUUAUGGAUGAAAAAAUUGCCGCAAACAACGAGAACAGUCCUGGCCGCAUCAAAAGACAGACUAGAUGAUUUAGCCCAAAUCGCCGACCGAAUGUGGGAAGUUUCUGAUAAAGUGUGUAUCUCCAGUGUGGAACAAACUCCUCCGUUGGAAAAGACACUGGAAGUAAUACAGCAAAAGUUAGACAAAUUAUCCGUACGACUGAAUGCGAUCGAAACGCAGAACAGGCCGACACGACGAGAAACAACACCGCAUCGAAAGCGUGGCCGCUCAUCCAGUGCCAAGCGAUACGAAAAAGAAAGGAACGCUGAUAAUGACUGAUGUUGGUAUCUCCAGAAAUUGGGAGAGCGUGCAAAAAAAUGUCGUUCACCGUGCUCAUUCAACUUAAAGCAAAAAAACUAAUGUGUGCGGUGUCAACUCAGGCGCCGACACUAUGCACAGCUUCAAAGCGCCUGUUCAUACACGACAGACUAACUGAGCACGAUUUUUUAAUCGACUCAGUGGCUGAUCACUCAAUGCUAAAACCAACUCCCUGUAUGAAUACGGUGACCAUCCGUUCUGUUUUUUGCAGGACCGUACUGUUUUUCAAAGGUCGGUCCUGCGUAG